ACGUUAGAGAUGGGCGGGGAAUAAGCCGGGAGGUUUGAAUUCGGAGUGAGUGGGCUGGAAUAAGCGGCACAAAGUGGCGGAGGGGCGAUAGUGACCUUCUGUUUGUGGAGCUGAUCGUCAGCAUGUCUUUUCCUAAGGCGCCCUUGAAACGAUUCAAUGACCCUUCCGGUUGUGCACCAUCUCCAGGUGCUUAUGAUGUUAAGACUUCAGAAGUAUUGAAAGGACCAGUAUCCUUUGAGAAAUCACAAAGAUUUAAAAAACAAAAAGAAUCUCAACAAAAUCUUAAUGUUGACAAAGAUGCUGCCCUGCCUGCUUCAGCAAGAAAAGUUAAGACUUUGGGAUUAAAGAGGGAAUCUCAAAAGAAUGAUAAAGAUUUGAAGAUAUUAGAAAAAGAGAUUCGUGUUCUUGUGCAAGAACGUGGUGCUCAGGACAAGCGAAUCCAGGAUCUGGAAGCUGAAUUGGAAAAAAUGGAGGCCAAGCUAAAUGCUGCAGUCAGGGAGAAAACAUCUCUCUCUGCAAGUAAUGCUUCACUAGAAAAACAGCUUAUUGAGUUAACCAGGACUAAUGAACUGCUAAAAUCAAAGUUUUCUGAAGAUAAUAACCAGAAGACUAUGAGACUUCUAAGCCUUGAGUUAAUGAAACUUAGAAACAAAAGAGAAACGAAGAUAAGGAGUAUGAUGGCUAAACAGGAAGGCAUGGAGGUGAAGCUACAGGUCACUCAGAAGAAUCUUGAGGAGUCUCAGGGGAAAAUAGCACAACUUGAGGGGAAACUUGUUUCAAUAGAGAAGGAAAAGAUUGACGAAAAAUCCGAAACAGAAAAACUCUUAGAAUACAUCGAAGAAAUUAGUUGUGCAUCAGAUCAAGUGGAAAAAUACAAGCUGGAUAUUGCCCAGUUAGAAGAAGAUUUGAAAGAGAAGAAUCAUGAAGUUAUAAGCCUUAAGCAGUCUCUUGAGGAAAAUGUUGUUUUACUUUCUAAACAAGUAGAAGACCUGAAUGCUAAGUGUCAGCUGCUCGAGAAAGAAAAAGAAGACCUUGUCGAGAGGGAUAGAGUACGGAAUGAAACUCUAAAUUCUGAAAUGCAAAACUUAAAGGAGAAACUUACUCUUGAAAAACAGGAACAUGAAAAACUACAACAAAAAGAAUUACAGAUUGAUUCACUUCUGCAACAAGAGAAGGAAUUGUCCUCCAGUCUUCAAGAGAAGCUCUGUUCUUUUCAAGAGGAAAUGAUGAAAGAGAGGAAUCUCUUUGAGGAAGAAUUAAAGCAAGCACUGGAUGAACUAGAUAAAUUACAGCAAAAGGAGGAACAAUCUGAAAGGCUAGUCAGACAGUUGGAAGAAGAAACAAAAUCUCGAGCUGAAGAACUGAAACUCCUAGAAGAAAAGCUGAGAGGGAAAGAAGCUGAACUGGAAAAAAUUAAUGCUACUCACAGUCAGACUACCCUGCUUUUACAGGAGAAGUAUGAUAGUACAGUGCAAAACCUUGGAGACGUUACUGCUCAGUUUGAAAGUUAUAAAGCAUUAACAGCUAGUGAGAUAGAAGAUCUUAAGCUGGAGAAUUCAUCACUUCAGGAAAAAGUGGCCAAGGCCGAGAAAAGUGCAGAGGACAUUCAUCAUCAGAUAUUGGCAACUGAGAAUGCAAAUCAGGAAUAUGCAAGGAUGCUUCUAGAUCUGCAGACCAAGUCAGCACUUAAAGAAGCAGAAAUCAAAGAAAUCACAAUCUCGUCUCUUAAAACAAUAACUGAUUUGCAGAACCAACUCAAGCAACAAGGUGAAGAGUUCAAGAAACAACUUGAAGAGGAAGAAGCAAGAAAAGCUGGAAAAGAAAACACAGUGGCAGAGUUAACUGAGGAAAUGAAUAAGUGGCGUCUCCUUUAUGAAGAACUAUAUAAUAAAACAAAACCUUUUCAGCUACAACUGGAUGCAUUUGAAGCAGAGAAACAGGCUUUGUUGAAUGAACAUGGUGCAGCUCAGGAACAACUAAAUAAACUAAGAGAUUCAUAUGCUAAAUUACUGGGUCAUCAAAAUCUAAAGCAAAAAAUCAAGCAUGUUGUGAAACUGAAAGAUGAAAACAGCCAACUCAAAUCGGAGGUGUCAAAACUCCGCUCUCAGCUUGCUAAAAGAAAACAAAAUGAGACAAAACUUCAGGAGGAAUUGAAUAAAGUUCUUGGUAUCAAACAUUUUGAUCCUUCAAAGGCUUUUCUUCAUGAAAGCAAAGAAAAUUUUCCUCUCAAAACACCAUUGAAAGAAGGCAAUACAAACUGCUCUUGAGCUCCUAUGGACUUUUAAGAAUGAUGCAAGUAAACAUCAGAAAGACCUGUUAAAAAUUAUUUUAUUCUUACUAUUUUUAUUAUUGUUAUUGCUUUUGUUGCUGUUACUAUGUUUUUAACGAAUGUUUUUAAUGUAUUUAAUGUUAACUUCCUAUUUUUAAGUAUGUGAAGGGAAGUUCAAUAUUUACCAGCAUGACUUCUGAUAUUUUAUUUUGUAUUGUCUGUACCUCCUCCUCGAUGCUUACCUUUAUCACCUUAUCCUACACCUUCUCACAGGCUUUCCAACUUACAACUCAUCCCAUCCAAUCAACAUUCCUUUAAAAAAUUUUC